AUGCCAGAUAUCAUGAAGUUCGUUCAAAUCGUCUACCUCACCAUCCUUGCUACUUCAACUGCCGCUUCCACUCCCACUAGGGCGAGGGCACCAUCGCCUCCUCAUGUAACUAUAGAGUGCCCAAGCUCAUCCCCGUGCCUCCCUCGAGCACGUCCAGACUGCCCGUUGGAGUCAUGGGCUUUCGAUUGGGGCGAUCAGUGUUGGCGGCACUAUCUGUUCUUCGCUGGGUGCACUGGUUUAGGUAUUUUCAUACUCGGAGCAUUGGCAGUAUGGGAACGGGUGACGUGGCAUGCCAUAUUUGAAAUUCAAUUUCUAAAUCAGGCCCAUGCAGUACUUAUUUUCGUCUACCUUGAGAAGUUAUGGACGGUUUCAGUUUCACCACCAAUGAGAAAGGCCUCAGAGAUGAACGUCUACUGUUAUAAUAUAAUGAAGCUCGUUCAAAUCGUUUACCUCGCCAUCCUUGCCGCUUUCAGUGCCGCUUCUAGUCCCACUAGGGUGAUGGUAGCAGUAUCUCCUUCUGCAAGCCUAGACUGCCCAACCAUGUGCAUCCCUGGAUUACGUCCGGGAUGCCCGUCAGAGUGCUGGCUUCACAAUUGGGGCAAUGAUUGCUGGCACAAGCACUCGCAUAGGCAAGUGCAGGUUCCUCCGUACCUACUAUUUAUUCGAGGUAUACACCUGGGCAUAGUCGUUUUCCAGGAGUCCGAAGUGUUGGUUUUGCGAGUACAUACGGACAAGUUCGAGCUACUGACACUCAGUCCGCUACACUACGAGUACGCGACUGAGGAACAUUUAGAACAAACAUCAAAUAACGGAAAAGUCAAGUCGUUGAACGAGAUGCACUCGAGGUUUAGGCCAUGGAUCCAGAAGAAUGUGCCAGUGCAGCGGACAGCGCUAUGUGACGAAGGAGGGCGCAGAUCUAUAUUUACCAUACAUGGCAUUAAAUACCCUCUCAAGGGCGGGAGCCUAUUCUAUGUAGCACCUGGGGGACCCUCUUGGGAUGAUGGGCUUUCAGCCUGGUUUCCCAUAGUAACAUGGAAACCGGGUCUGAAAGAUCGUGGGAACGUCUUCUCGGAAAUGGUGCCAAGGGAACGGGUGAGGUGGCAUGUCAUGAUAUUUGCAAUUGCCCAUGGGGCAGUACCCAUUUUCUUCCUUGAGAAAUUAUGGGCGGUCUCAGGGAAAUGCUGGAUUCCUGGCGCUUUCUGCUGGGUUACGACGACCCGCUGGCUUGGUUUAACUAUCACUGACUUGACACGCCUCAGGCGGCGGCCUGCACGCGGAUUGCCAAGGAGAUAG